CCGAUUGCUGUUUCCUGGUAAAUCGCCAGAGAGACCCAAUUUACAGCGCUCUCCUGCUAUUGCUACUGCCUCCUCCGGCAGUUAGUGGCGGUGGUAGCAGCAGCAGGCGCCGCCUCUUCCUCCAGCCGGGAUCCUCCACCAUCUGCUCAACCAUGAUGGCCACCGCUUGCUCCACUUCCAGUUCCCUCAUCGUUUUCAGAGUUCUUCCCCUGUUUCUGCUUCUUUCAGAGGCAUUUCUUCGAGCACAUGGCGCGGGUAUGGGAAUCAACUACGGCCAGAUCGCCAACAACCUUCCCUCCCCUUCCAAAGUCGUCGGCCUCCUCCAGUCGCUCAACGUCAGCAAGGUGAAGCUCUACGACGCCGAUCCAAACGUGCUGCUCGCCUUCGCCAACACAAACGUGGAGUUCAUAAUCGGCAUCGGGAACGAGUACCUUCAGAGCGUGCCCGACGCUGCGAAAGCUCAGGCCUGGAUCGAAACCCACGUCAAGCCGUACAUCGGGCGGACCAAAAUCACCUGCAUCACAGUCGGUAACGAGGUGGUCGCCGGCAACGACACUCAGCUCGUCACCAAUCUCGUCCCAGCAAUGCAAUCAGUCUACAAAGCCCUCGUUAACCUCGGGCUAGAUAAACAAGUCACGGUCACAACUGCGCAUUCUCUCAACAUCUUGGCCACUUCUUACCCACCUUCUGCUGGAAGCUUUAGGCCAGAUCUAGCUGAAGUUAUACAACCUUUGCUGAGUUUCCACUCCCAAACUGGUUACCCUUUUCUCAUAAAUGCUUACCCUUUCUUUGCUUACAAAGGUAGCCCUGGUGAGGUGUCUCUAGACUAUGCCCUUUUCGGGUCUAAUAACCAAGGGAUGACUGAUCCUGUCACCAACUUGCACUAUGAUAACAUGUUGUAUGCUCAAGUCGAUGCGGUCUACACUGCGAUUAAGGCGAUGGGGCAUUCGAAUAUCGAGGUCAAAGUAUCAGAGACUGGAUGGCCGUCGAAAGGUGAUGCUGAUGAAGUUGGAGCUACGCCACAGAAUGCAGGGUUGUAUAAUGGCAAUCUGUUUAAGCGAGUACAAGCCAGGCAGGGCACCCCGGCUAAGCCAUCGGUGCCUAUUGAUGUCCAUGUUUUUGCAUUGUUCAAUGAGAACAUGAAGCCUGGUCCUGCUUCUGAGAGAAACUACGGCCUGUUUUAUCCUGAUGGGUCGCCGGUUUAUAACAUUGGCUUCCAUGGUACUAAUUACCUUCCUGAAGACACUGACAUUGCUUAUACUUCUGCAUCUGGGAUUAAUGGUUUUCCAUUGUUCAGUCUGAUAGUAUUUUUGGUGGCAUAUCUGAUGUGUUUGUGAGAGCACUUCUUCGUACAAAAAUGAGGGGAGAGGUCGCAAACGCUUCAAGAUCGGUGAAACUGAAGUCCAUACGACCAGAGGCGAAGAGGUGAGAUUUCAGUUCUAACCUUACAAUCUCUCAAGAACCUGAAAAGUAUGCAACUUGUUUACUUAAUGUGUUCAUAUCCAGAAGAUGCUUCUUUUUCUAAAAAUAUUCCUUAUUGCUUUACAGUUUCUUCCCAGCCGGUUCAAAACCUAGAUGACAGACCUAUAUACCUGUUUAAAGACCUCAUUAAUCCAUUGUUUUUGAAUCCUAUUGACAUUAUUUACUGUUGAACCUACACUAAUAAGGAAUCUGUUGCACCUAAAUUUCACCGGUCCAAUUCCAGGAAAGGGCAGCUUGGAGUUGUUUUUUUCCAGUUUUUUUUAUUACCACUAGAUAUGGUUCCUGAUGGGCUCUCCAUCUCUUUCCUUAUCGCCAACUUGCAAUUGUGCAUGUCAAACUGUAGAAAAUUCUCUUCUGUCUUCAGCUUCACAAAAGUCCAAGUUAGCACCCUUGCAAGAAAAGCAGCACAGUUUUAGCCACCCCCUUCCCCACCAUAUCAUUUUCCAUACAUUUCUUUACAGAUUGCUGGAAGUCUCCAAAUUUGAUUCUCAUCAUCUUUUCUUUUGUCUGCAUGAUAAAUGAGCUACCACAUCACCAAAUAAUGUUAAACAAUUAACAUUAGAGGGAUUAAUCUAGUACAAAAAAUCAGAGUCCAACUUGUCACCUUACCUGACCUACUGUAUUUUUCUUUGAUUAUGCUACCUGAAAUACCCGACUUUGUUGACUUUUGAGAGUCCUUUUGUUUCUUCGCUUAAAAAACAGUAAACACCCACUUUCUCGGUUCUUCAUGAAUCAUGAUAUGAUAGGUUUGGUGGGUUUGAACCAAUAGGAUAUAGUAUCUGUUUACCCACCACCAGAAACCAUGUUUAAGAUAUUUUCUUGUUGCUCUCAUUAUAGAUGUCCAGAAAACGUGUCUAACAUCAAUUUGAUGCUCUUGAGCGAUGAUGUAAUUAGUGGGGGACUAGUGGUUUGCUUUCAACAUCAUUGUCUACCUUCCACCCUGGAUUUUUAACAUUUCCAAAUACACCAUCCUUGCUUAAAUCACUAAUGGCCCCGCUCAGCACACACAUAUUUAGGAAGAUAACAUUGACAGAUAAUCUGGUCCCCCAGAAAACCUUUCCACCAUUCGUCCUCUUGAAAAAGCGACUGCUCAUCCACCCUACAGCAUCUCACUAUCCUGGAGCUUUCUCUGAGUUGCUAUCAUCUAUUCAUCUCUUUGCUUUCCAGCUGUGUAUAAGUUGUGGUCUAGGUAUGAAACCUGCUUGGUUCUGUGCAAUUGCAACUGUGAUGCUAACCGAGUUGGAUCCUCAUCCAGCUGCAUUCCUAGCCGUUGGAUUGAUGCUAUUGUGUUCAUUUACAAAAACGAUGCCAAAUUCGAUUUAACGGUUUGAGAAUGCUCGUGAUGAUGAUCCAACGACGUCAGCAAAGUAGCCAUGUUUUGUUUUCUGAAUGUAUCUAGUCUCUAACCUGGGAAUUUCUGCUGUUCUUCUCUGUUUUGUAUUGCAGGAAGCGGAGAAAUUGGGAAAUGGAAUUAUGGGAAGAUAUGGAAUUUUUAGUUGUUGAUUUAGUUAUAGUUAUUAUUUACAGAUAGAUUAAGCAUAUACCACACCAGAUGUUGUACAAAAGAAGCCAUAGAAAUCAAUAAAACUUUAGACACUUCCAGCAGAACCCACUAACAUACUUGCUAUAGGAAUUUUUGGUCUUCCUUCCUUUUCCUCUUCUUAAUCAUAGUUCUUCUUCUUCUUAGUUUAUUUACUUGUAGAAGAGAAAGGUUAUGUGAGAUUCAUUUGAGGCCAUAUGGUGGCGGGAAAAACUGGAAAGUAUUGUCCUUUCCUUUCUUGAUUUGAUUUUGUUGGUCCAAUAAUGAAGAGAUUACAUUACU